AUGAAAAUGUUCAGAGAUCUUCAGUCCGCCUGUGGUGUGUUCGAAAAAGAUGCCUUGACCUUCAAGAAAGAUCCAAAGCGGUUAGGGAUUGCCAACUCAUCUUUUACUGCAGCCUCCCACUGUCCAGACUGUGGUCACACUCACGUCCCAUUCCCACUUAGCACCAACCCUCAUUGUGGUGACCCAUCUUACAAUGUCCGAUGCCACAAAGGCGCCCUCUGGUUCGACACCGUCAAGGGCUCCUCCUACAUGAUCACCACCAUCAACCCUCAAACGCAGCGUUUCGUGAUCCGACCGCCCAGUCUAGCCUCUGACCACACCUGCGUAUCCGCCGAUUUCGGAACCCAAGGCAUGUGGCUCGAUACCAACGCACCCUUCAACAUCACCUCCAGUAACACCCUCUUGUUGAUGAACUGCUCCAAAGAGGUGUUGACGCUCUUGUGGAAUUGCUCUUCGUCCAGCAUUUGCCACAGUUAUGUUAAGGCCCGAGCUGCCAAGGCUUGCCGAGGCGCGAUUUGCUGCAACUUCAGGACGGGGGGGUCGGUGACGGAGUAUAGAAUUAGGGUGAGGAAAGAGCGGUGCGCGGCGUAUGUGAGUUUUCCGAAUAUGGAUGAUUCGGCUCCGGUGAGUAAGUGGCCGGAGCCUGGGGUGGAGAUAGGGUGGGAGCUGCCGCAGGAGCCAGUGUGCAAGGCACCACCGGAUUGUGGUAGUUUGGCUAAUUCGACAUGCUCGCCGGUUGCGGCAAUGGGUGGAAUGAGGAAGUGCUUGUGCAAUCCUGAUUUUCAGUGGGAUCCUGUAAACGGAAUAUGUCAAAAUAUCAAGUGUGAAAAUGGCAGAGGAUGCAAUCGUCGUAACAAGAAGAAAGCUCAACUUGUUGGAGGCUUGGCAUUUUCUGGAGCUGCCAUGCUCACCGGAAUCCUAAUAGCUGCAGUGAUUUAUGGCUACCGGAGGCGGAGAGCAACCCAACUUAUAAGCAUAAGCAAAGCACGUGAUAUAUUGAACGCCGACAACAACGGCGGCAGGUCGGCCAAGAUUUUCACCAUCAAAGAAAUCACAAAAGCCACCAACAACUUCUCCAAACACAACCUCCUGGGCUCCGGCGGCUUUGGCGAGGUGUUCAUGGGCACCCUUGCCGACGGCAGUCUCACCGCCAUCAAGCGCGCCAAGCUCGGCAACACCCGAGCCGUCGAGCAGAUCCUCAAUGAGGUUCGAAUCCUCUGUCAACUCAACCACCGAAGUCUCGUACGCCUCCUGGGUUGUUGCAUCGAGCUCCACAACGAACCCCUUCUCGUCUACGAGUAUGUGCCCAACGGAACCCUCUUCGACCACCUCCACAACACCACCAAGUGGGGCCCACUCCGGUGGCAUCGACGGCUGAAAAUCGCCCAUCAAACGGCAGAAGGGCUUUCCUACCUUCACAACUCAGCCAUACCCAGAAUCUUCCACAGAGACAUAAAGUCGAGCAACAUUCUGUUAGACGACAACCUUAACGCUAAAGUCUCGGACUUCGGACUUUCGAAGUUGGCUACGAGCGAAGCGAGUCACAUCACAACGUGUGCGCAAGGCACGUUGGGAUAUCUUGAUCCAGAGUACUACAUGAAUUUUCAGCUAACGGAUAAGAGCGAUGUGUACAGUUUUGGGGUGGUUCUGUUGGAGAUAUUGACGGCGAAGAAGGCUUUGGAUUUCGGGAGAGACGAGGAGGAUGUGAACUUGGCGGUGUUUGUGAAGAGGGAGAUGAAAAGUACGAGGUUGAUGGAAGUGAUUGAUCCAACACUGAAGAUGGGAGCUAGUAAGUCGGAGUUGGAGAGCAUGAAGGAGUUGGGGUGUCUGGCGAUUGCAUGUUUGGAUGAACAGAGGCAAAAUAGGCCGUCCAUGAAAGACGUUGCUGAUGAGAUUGAAUUCAUUCUUCACACUGUUUCUGAUGGCAGCGGCUUCAAGGGUGAAGCUUCCGACGAGUUUAUUCUACAAGAAACAUCAGGUUUACAGAAGUUUCCUGGCAUUUUGUAG